AUGCUCCUUGACCAUCCUUGCUCUGCCCCCAAAACUGAUGAUAGCACCUCUAGAAUUAGAAAAAUUCCUCAUUUCUAUUCUGUUGGUCUCAAGGAUUAUCGAUCUGCGAUCAGUUGGCCGGUGGCGGGGCUAUUUCUUGUCGCGAUUGGUCUGACCAAGCUUUGCCUGAUCGGCUUGCAUCGCAUUGAAGUGGCCAAUGCUAUUGCAGAUCAUCGAGCUCGCCUUCUGGGGACAUUCGGCUCCUUUUUCUCUCCCUCUCACUCCCUCUCUUUAUCUUCUUUUUCACCUAAUUUAUAUUAUUCUCUCUCUCAAUCAUCUUCCUCUACUUUUGGGUUUUGGGCUGCCGGACAGCCUGGAUUUCGACUUUCCAGUCUCCUUGCUUUAUAUGGGUUAAAUAUUGGCCUCGUAGCAGGACCUAGACUCCUGUUUUUUUGGGCAGGCCAGGAAUUGAACUGGAUUAAUAUCAGAAAGCACCACUUCCCUCUUAAACAUGAAUCAAGGCUUGGGUUAUCAGGCAACAAAAAUAUCAUUCCUUUGACCAGAGUAGGUCUCCUGUUUUACCAACAAGACUGGUAUUGCUUGUCUUGUCUGAAUAUUCUUUUAAUCUACUCCUACAAACAUAAACGUGGAUUCUAUUUUCAUCAUUGA